UUUUUAGUUUCCUAACUUUUGUUUACGUUUUUAUUAGACUAACAUUUAAAUUUAAAAAUAAAUGGAGUCGCUCGCUAAAUAUCGUUACAGCCUGGUGGCUGGGUCUUUUGCCGCUGGGGGAAGCUUUUUUGGAAAACUUCCCAGCCAUCUCAGCGCCCAGAAGUUACUGAAUACUUCAGAAAAUAUUUCAGACUCUUCGUAUUUGGAAAUUGCUUUACUCCGUGUUCUUCCAUUGGUCCUAAUGAUAAUCUGCAACGUUAGCAACUUGCGUUGCUUUUUGAAAGCUUUACAAAUGACUGAUCAAACGUUAACCUGCGUUGUUUUAUGUGCCGCCUCUAAUUAUGUCUUAUCGUUUAUUUUAGGAGCACUGGUUUAUCAAGAACCGCUUACAGCUCUAUCUGGCAUUGGCAUUACACUAAUUCUGGCCGGGCUUUGGUUCCUUUGCGAUGGAGGAGCUGUUGAAACCUUGAAAAUGGAAGCCGAUAAGGAAAAAUAGUUGAAAAACAAAUAUUUUUAUAAUAUGUAUGUUAUAUACACUAAAGACUCCGUAAUAUAUUUUAAUAUAACAUGGAUAUUUAAAAUAUAAAGUUAGUCUUAGCUCCAUUAAUCUUUAUCAGGCCUUAAGUAAAAGUUAAGAGAAACAGAUCUGUAUCCAAUUGCAAUAAAGUUAACUAAACACAUAAGUAUUAUUAAGUUUUAGAUA